UUCUUCUCUCUACUUUUCUUCUUUUUUUUCUUAUAAAUACCCUAAUAUUUUUAAAACAAAGUAAUAAAAAAAAGAAGUAGUGACUCUUUCUCCGUUUUAUCAUUGAAUCCAUUUGAUUUUUCUAAAAAAAAAGUGAUUUUUUCUAAAAAAGCAUAGUUCCUUCUUUCCCAAAAUUGUCAACGAAUAAAAAAAAGAGCGUCCCAGAACAUUUUUAUGCCUAUAAAACCAACGAGACGUGCAGCAGCACGUAGUAAGGAAAAGGAGACCGUCAUACCCGUAGAGAAAGAUCCUACUAUUAUCCAUGACAUAACACCACCACCACCACGCACAUCCAAAAGAAGAGGAAGACCACCUAAACAUUUAUUAUCAACCGACCAUACGCCUAUCCCUUCACCUUUACACACAUCCAUCCACGACACUGCCAAGAAACGAAGAAAAGGAAAAGAAAAGAACCCACAAGAACAAACCAUGGGCAACACCUCACAAGACACUAGCCAUAGCAGUCGUCGUACGCAUAGUUCCAGCCAAAGAAUCGAGAAAAAGAAAACAUCCCAUCACGAUUCGUUCUACGUCGAUGCAAAACAACCUUUAGACAUUAAAAGACACGAUCAUCAGGUCGAUCAUCAACAUCAAAGCACGCACGAUACCCCAGAUACUUCAUCAUCAUCAUCCAUCGCUUCCGAUCCAGUGUCAACGGAAGAUUCUCCCGUUUCGACGACCACCCCAUCAUCUUCACUUACUCUUUCCUCUACUUCAUUGACACCAGACACACCUACAGAAGAAGAAGAAGAAGAAUACGGCACACCGUCAGAAGAGUUUGAGACAACAACGCCCUCGCCACCAUCUCGAGUCGAUCAACAAGAGCAACCCACAUCAACAUUACCAGUUGCUGUUUUUGAAAAAGUAACCGAUCAAGAUCAGUUUUAUAAUAAAGCUACUUUUUACAACGACAGUAGCGACAUGGACGAAGACGACAAUGACCUCAUUCCUACAGAAAAACGAAAUCCUAUCGUCUUUAAAAGACCCAAAGAUCAUUUAAUAAAAUUCAAAGAACCUACAGAACAAGAAUUGAUUCAAACCGUCGAAUAUGAUAUGGACGAACAAGAUGCUCAAUGGCUAAAAGUGUUGAACAAAGAACGUAAAAAACACAAAUUAGGCCUCAUCACCGCUGAAUUUUUCGAGGCCAUCAUAGAUCAUAUUGAAAAAGAAUGGUUCAACUUGGUCAAGGAUUUACCCAAAAAGUCAUCCGAAGAACAAGGCUUUCCUGAAGAUAUUCAAUGUGCUGUAUGCGACGAUAGCGAAUGCGAAAACAGUAACGCCAUUGUCUUUUGCGACGGCUGCAACAUUGCCGUGCAUCAAGACUGCUAUGGCAUCCCUUACAUUCCUGAAGGGCAAUGGCUCUGUAGGAAAUGCAUGGUCUCCCCCGAACAGCCCGUGUCCUGUAUCUUUUGCCCCACCGAGGGUGGUGCCUUUAAACAAACCACGGAAAAUCAGUGGGGCCAUCUGGUGUGUGCCAUGUGGAUACCGGAAGUCGGUGUAGGCAACAGUGUCUAUAUGGAACCCAUUGAUAAUGUCGACAAGAUACCGAAAAGUCGUUGGAAAUUGACGUGUUACAUUUGUAAAAAAGAAAAAGGGAAAAGCGCUUGUAUUCAAUGUGAUAAUAAACAUUGUUUCACCGCUUUUCAUGUCACCUGCGCAAGAUGGGCUAGAUUAUGUAUGAAGAUGAAGUUGGUCCAUGGCAGUACGGGUGGUAGUGGUGCUGCUGCUGCUGCUGCUGCUUCAGGUAUGAGUACAGGUACGGGUAUCAGCUCUGCUGCUGCCUCUUCUUUACCCAGUAGCACUACGCAUAGGAAUGCAGUAGCCGCAGCCAAGGGUUUGGAUUUGACAACACAGUCAAUGGAAAACAGUAUGGGUGACCAUCAUGACAUCGCAGCCGAUAAUGUGGUAUUGAAAGCUUAUUGCGAGAAACAUACACCCAAAGACUAUAAAGAAGAGGUCGAUGUCGAGGCAUGUGUUGCUGCAGCGCAAGCUUGGCAUGCAAAGCAUAAAACGUCCAUGCCGCGUACAAGGUAUGUAGAUGAACCUGAGCAGCUAGAAACAACUCCCGAAUCAGAGGAGGAGGACGAUAGCGAAGGGGAAUCUACAGAGGAAGAGGAUGAAAGCGAUGGUAAAAGGAGGCUGGGGGGAAGGAAAAAAGGAAAAGGUUUUCAUCAUCGUCGUCGUCGUCGGCGCCGUCAUCAGCACCACCAUCAUCACCAUCAUCGUUAUCGCCAGGAGAAACGCUCGAGUAGAGGCAAACGUCCUACUUCAAAUCGAAAGAAAGCUGCUCUAGCCCACCGCCAUCAAUAUGCAGCCGCCGAUCACGAUGGAACAGCACCGAUAGCACCUCAGUACAUCAUUGACCAUUUGGAGCAUCUUGACUUUGUCAGAGCCGCCACACAACUCAAAAAGAAAUCUUCCGUCAUCGAGCAACUCUGUCGCUAUUGGUCAAUGAAACGCCAAGAUCGCAGAGGUGCGCCUCUCUUGAAGCGACUUCAUUUAGAACCGUGGACAGCUUCCGCCUCAGAAUUGAUGGAAACAGAGGUCGAAAAAGCGCACAAGGCAGCCGCCAUGAUUGCCCUCAGAGCAGAUAUCGAAAGAGUGCGAUUGCUAACCGAGCAAGUGCAAAAAAGAGAAAAGCUGAAAUUGGACCGUUUGAGAAAACAAAAAGCCUAUCUUGACAUCAUACUCUAUCCUCUCGAAUUCAUCAUUCAAUCUGUUCUCGAACAGCUCAUCGAGUUGGAUAGUAAAGAAUUCUUUAGGUACCCCGUUACGCCAGAUCUCGCUUCUGACUACUUUGAUAUCAUCACUCAUCCCAUGUCCUUUCAAGACAUUCUCGAUAAAUGUGACCUGCAUCAGUACACAACCUUGAACGAAUUUGAAAAGGAUUUGGAUCUGAUCUGGACAAACUGUAUGACCUACAAUAAAACAAACACCAUCUAUUACAAAACCGCUCAGAAAUUGCAGACCAUGGCUGCCACCUUCUUGAACCAAGCGAGAAGCGAUUAUCAAGGGAUGCCUCUGAACGAACACACCGGCUUGCUCGAUAUAGCCGUUGGCCGUGAUUUGUUUUCCUACGGUCUUCAUCAUCAACAACGCCCAUCGUCGAGUACCACCGUCACCGCUUCUUCCGCUUCAAGUACAACACCACUCCCCACCUCCCUAGAGGGUGACGCACCACCGCAACAACAACAACAACAACAACAACAACAUUCUUCUCUCGCCCGUCGUUUUGAAGACGCCUCGACCAAAGACACUCACGAAGGGUCGCCGCCUACCUCGUCUUCGGAUACCAGUAACAAAAGAACGAAAAGACGCCGUGCUCCGACUACAGAUGAAGAAAACGAAAAGGGGGUUCCUACCGACGCAUCUCUUUCCCCUUUAAAGAAACGACGUGUCACUCGAAAUCUCUCUUUGGAUAGGAAUCAACGAGAAUUACGUUCACGCUCUGUCACCAGGAAUCAAUCGAAAGCAGAAGACAAGCAAAGUACGCCGUCAUCUCGCCUUAGAAGAACCCAUCCAUUGGAUACCCAGACGUCCUCUCCUUCUGUGAGGACGACGACGAGGAGAAGUAAGCGCAUGCCAACAUUCGUUUCCACCUCUUCUUCAAUAACAACAACGCCAUUCACUUCAAUCAAUGAUACCACUACAUCCAACGAUCCACAAGAGAGAAAUAGAAUGAGAGAGUUGAAGAAAAGACGGACGGCAGGUCCUAAUGAUUCAAACACCAACACAGAAAGACAACGUCCAGUAGAAGUGCAGGAGACGUUACUAUCCGUUGACACUAGACCGGCGCGUAGGAUGACCCGUAGCCACAGUACUCAUAGUAUCCCAUCGAAAGAAGCAGAAUCAAACAAAGACAAAGAGCAACAGAUGUACGAAAAACCUACAACGAGAAGUCAUAGAAAGCUCAAAUUAACGCUAAAAGAGAAUAACCAUCAGCAGCAGCAGCAGCAGCAGCAGCAGCAGCAAGGAAAAAGUAGAAUCGUAAAAGAGAAAGUAGAUAGGGACAGAGAUGCGGUUAAAAAAGAUAACAAGACAGUCGACACACCUGUCGCCACAGCAGCAUUAUCGUUGUCGUCCCCGUCGUCGUCAAAACUAAAACAAAGACAAGAAAGACCUCAGCAAGAAAUAAAAAGGAGGUCAACAAGGGAAAGGCAGCAGACCGACAAAAAUGAAAAGAAUAAAAAGACAAAAAAUGUAAAUGAAGACACAGAAACAGCACAACCAGCACCUUCACCAUUAUCAUCAUCCAUGUUGGACUAUAAAGAUGGUACUAUUGUGUGGGCAAAAGUGAGAGGUUUCCCUUCACACCCAGCCAAGGUAACUGAGAAAAAGGAAAAACAAGAAGGACUAAGUGACUGACCUUGAUCCUUUUUUCUAUGGAAAAGAUUGUCGAUGAUACUAUGAAAAAGAACAAAGUGCCUGAACACGUCAUUUCUGCUAAACCUGAAACGUCUAAUGAACCGCCCAUCUUGGUUACAUUUUAUGAAGUACCCGAUAACCAUCGAUGGGGUUGGGUCGAGAAAGAGGAUGUUCAACCUUUUGGACAUUUGGAG